UUAAACCGCGCGUUGUAAACUGUGUUCGUUAUUUUCAUUUGGGUAAAUUUAAUAAAUCGCGUUUAAAUAUAAAGAGUUAGAUGUUCAAUUAAUUUAUACUUAAGUUUAAAUGCAUAAUAUCUCACGGUACCUUGUAAUACGUGUAUGAACUUCAAAAUGCAGAAAACAAAGAAGCGAUCUAACGAUGAACCGAUGGAUGUCGACGAAAAUCCAACUCGAGUGAACGGAGAAUGUAGUCGAAAUGUGGAAAACGGUGAAAUAGAUCACAUAUCUGAUGACGAGGAAGGUGGUAUGCGGAUUGGCGACAUAUACAUUCCACCCGCGCCAAAACCUGCGCUCUCUUUUGAUACAACAGGGCCGAGACUUAUAAUAACACAUAUCGUGAAUGAAAACUUUAAAAGCUACGCGGGAGUGCAAAAAUUAGGACCGUUUCAUAAGAGUUUCACUGCAAUAAUCGGUCCAAACGGAAGUGGCAAAAGCAACGUCAUAGAUUCCAUGUUGUUUGUGUUUGGAUAUCGAGCGAGUAAGAUCAGAUCUAAGAAGAUAUCAGUACUGAUACAUUCCUCAAGUAAAUUUCCUAAUGUGAACAGUGCGAGCGUAGCUGUACACUUCUGCCAGAUUGUUGAUGGGGAAGGUGAAAGUUACACAGUGGUGCCGAACAGCGAAAUUGUGGUAUCCAGAACUGCGUUUAAAGAUAACUCCUCUUUCUAUAAUUUAAAUGGCCGACGAGUUCAAUUCAAGGAAGUUGCGAAGAUGCUCCGGUCACAUGGCAUUGAUUUGGAUCAUAAUCGGUUUCUUAUAUUGCAAGGUGAAGUGGAACAGAUAGCCAUGAUGAAGCCAAAAGCACAAACGGAGCACGAAUCUGGAAUGUUGGAAUAUUUGGAAGAUAUCAUCGGAACUUCUAGAUAUAAGGAACCAAUCGAAAAGCUAGCGGUCAAAGUAGAGGAAUACAGCGAAAUGAGAAAGGAGAAAUUGAACAGAGUGCGUCUAGUUGAACAAGAGAAGCAGAGAUUGGAACAGCCGAUGCGAGAAGCGGUGGAUCUUAUGGAAUUGACUAAUACAGCUUUGCGGACCAGGAAUACGCUUUUACAGAAGUAUAUUCACGAAACAAACAAAAUAAUAGAGAACAAGAAUAAAGAAUUGGAAGAAUUGAAGGAGAAUUUGGGGAAAAUAGACGAAAAGUUGGCGGAAAUUAAACAGCAGCUGCGAGAAAAGACUACAGAACUGAAGAAUGGAACGCAGCAAUUCGACGACAUGCAAAAGCAAAAAGACGAAAUCGGCGAAAAGUUACAAACGUCCAAACGAAAACUCGUCUCCGUACAAGCUGAUAACACUCAAGCUAACAAGAAGAAGGGUAAUCUAGAGGAGUUGUUGAAGAAUGAGAGGGGAAAACUUAUUGAAUUGGAAUUGAUACCAGAUAAGAAUAAACGAGAAAUAGCAGAUUGUGAGGUACUGCUGGCCAAACAUAUAGAAAAUAAACGGAAUUCGGAGGAAGAAUUACAAACGGUUAUGGCUGGUGUAAGAGAAAAAACUAAAGGCCUACAAGAACAGAAAGAUAGAUUGCAAGCGAAACUCAUUGAUUUGAAGAAAAUCGUCGACGAAGCUAAUAAAAACUUCAAACUUGCGGAAUCUGAGCUAAAAAUAUAUUUAAGUACGGAAAAUAAGGAGAAAGAGAAAUUAGAUAAUAUGAAAGAAGCUUAUGAAAAGGCAGUCAGUGAUUUGGACGAAAAGAAAUCUAUGAGAGCCAAUUUAUCAAGAACAGUUCCAUCGCAAGAGGCUGAAUUAACUCAAGUCAAGGGAAGAUUGCAAGCGUUGAAAACCGAAGAAACUAACAUUACAAGAGAAGGGAGACAAUUGAGAGCUCAAUUGGAAGAAUCGAAGCAAGCAAUGAACGCGAACAGAUCAAGGGGCAGAGUUUUAGAUGCGCUUAUGAAGGAAAAACGGUCGGGAAGAUUGCCCGGCAUUUUUGGGAGAUUGGGUGAUCUCGGCGGCAUAGACGCUAAAUACGAUGUCGCAAUAUCGACAUGUUGUGGGGCGUUAGACAACAUAGUAGUGGACAGUGUGGACACGGCGCAGGAGUGCGUCGAGUUCCUGCGCAGGAACGAUAUAGGGCGGGCCACCUUCAUUGCGCUGGACAAACAGCAGCACUUGGUGAAGAAUUACGAGAGACGGACUGUUUUCCCAGAAAACGUGCCGCGUCUAUUCGACCUGGUCCAAGUGAAAGAUCAACGCGUAUUAGCGGCGUUUUAUUACGCAUUACGCGAUACGCUCGUAGCGAAUGAGUUGGAACAAGCGUCGCGUAUCGCGUACGGGGCGACGCGAUACCGCGUGGUGACGCUCAGCGGUGACGUCAUCGAGAUUGCGGGAACAAUGUCGGGCGGUGGUAAAACGGUGUCUCGCGGACGAAUGUCAAGUUCCGUACAACAGGACACGAGCGAACAAGACCCGAGACUCAUACAGGCUAAGGAGGAGAAACUUAAUGCUAUUGAUGAUAGAUUAACCGAAAUACGUACAGAACAAGAAAGCUUAGAAGAACAACUUGUAACUUUACAAAGGAGUAGCCAAGAGGGGAAACGGACUUUGCACAAAUUGGAGAUUGAACUGAACAGUUUGAAGGAACAAGUGCCUAAUUUACAAAAACAAAUCGAACAUCAAGAGCGAAAAGUAGCUUCGUGUAGAGUUGACGAAUCCAAGAAAGCUACAUUGGAAGGGAAAAUACAAAAUGCUGAGGAAAAAUUAAAUAAGGCUAAUCAUGAUGCUGGGGAGAUAGAAAAAGAAGUGCACGGUGUUGACGCGCAAAUAGCAGCGGUAGCGGGAAACAAAGUGAAGGAAUUGCAGAAGAUAGUCGACGAAUUGACUAAGAAAAUAGAUAAAGUUAACGCGGAAAUUACUAAAUUGAGGGUUGGAAUUAACACUAGUAUACGUAAUACAAAGAAGUCAAAAGAUAAAAUAACACAAAUGGAAGCGGAUUUGAAGGAAACGGAGAAGAAUUUAGAAACUUACGGCAAUCAGAAACGACAGUUGACUCUGGAUAUUGGCAACUUGCAAAAGGAAUUUGAAGAUCUCGGUGAACAAAUAACUGAAGGUACGAGCGAAUUCGCGGGACUACGUAAAGAAAUCGCGAAACUACAAGAGAAUGAAAAUAAAAUAAAAUCGGAAAGGCUAGAAGCUAAUAAUUCUGUCAGUAAAAUGGAGAAAACGAUACAAGAUUGUAGUAGCAAGACUCCGCAAUGGGAGAGAGAGCUCCAAUCACUCCGCCUCGAAGAUCCCGGUAUAAACAUACCGGGAAUCGAACGUCCGACCCCCCUCGUUACACACACAACAGAGGAGCUCGAGGAAUGUUCAGUGGAAGAGCUUAGGAAUAGAUUAUCGGCGCAAAAAGCAAGGAUAGGAGAUGGGAAACCCAACUUACAGGCUAUACAGGAUUAUAAAGCCAAAGAAGAAUUAUACUUACGUCGGGCCGCGGAGUUGGAUGAAAUAACAACACAAAGGAAUGAAAUGCGCAAUCUGUACGAUCAGUUACGUAAGAAAAGAACUUCUGACUUUCUGAGCGGUUUCAAUACAAUAACAUCGAAACUAAAGGAGAUGUAUCAAAUGAUAACACUGGGAGGUGAUGCCGAGUUGGAAUUAGUGGAUUCUUUAGAUCCAUUCACUGAGGGAAUUAUUUUCAGUGUACGCCCACCAAAUAAAUCAUGGAAGAACAUAUCAAACCUGUCGGGAGGUGAGAAAACUCUAUCAUCUUUGGCUCUCGUGUUCGCGCUACACUACUACAAGCCAACACCGCUAUAUGUGAUGGAUGAAAUCGACGCAGCGCUGGAUUUCAAGAAUAUAUCCAUUGUCGCUAAUUAUAUUAAGGAACGUACGAAAAAUGCGCAGUUCAUCAUAAUAUCUCUUCGCUACAAUAUGUUCGAAGCGUGCAACCGACUCGUCGGGAUCUACAAAACUCAAGAUUGUACCAAAUCUGUUACUGUCGAAAAUAAAGUGCCCGAAACCAUUGAUAAUGUGGCUAAAUGUUGAUUUUUGUGUAGUUUUAAUUAAAUAAAUUUGAUUUUCGUAGA